CAUGCGACGGUUUGGUUGUUUAGCAUAUGGUUUAGCAAAGAGAGAAAAAAAUGCGACUACGCUGACAUGAUCAGUGUUACAACUUUUACAAUCACUUAAGUUAACGGAAUUUUUUUUAAAUAUAUAUUUUAAAAAGAUAAGUCAGUUGUUGCAUUGUCACGGGGAAACUGGAAAAUGUCUCGAUUCGGUAAGAAAAACGGCAUUCCUGACAGGAGGAAAAAGCACACAGGACGUUUCAAUUGUUCACAGUCUGGUCGCGCUCAUCAGAAUGACAAGCCACUUCCGGUCUGCAGGUGGCUGGAUUACAAAGCUGUCGGCAAACGACUUAACGGGACCCGUUUUGUUGCCUUCAAAGUUCCUCUCAAGCAGUCUUUGACUCGCCAGCUCCCGCCCUCCCAGGCGUUUGGGCCGUGGGAUCUGCUGGACGCCAUCAGGGAAGACCGCCAGGAACUUGGUCUCAUCAUCGACUUGACUUUCAACAAGCGCUACUACCAGCCGCAGGACCUGCCGGCGUCUCUAUCCUGCGUCAACAUUUUCACGAAGGGUCACGUGGUGCCCGACGACGACACCAUCUUGGCUUUCAAACAAGUGGUGCAGGGCUUCUUGCGGGACAACGCUGAUAACGACCAGCUGAUUGGCGUCCACUGCACGCAUGGCCUUAACCGCACCGGGUACAUGAUCUGCAGGUACUUGAUCGACGUGGACAGGAUGGACCCUGCAGCGGCCAUCAAACUCUUCAACUCGUCUCGCGGACACGACAUGGAGCGACAAAACUACAUCGACGAUCUUCGCAGCAAGCCCAGGAGAAGUAACAAGGGCAUGAACACGGGUGUGCUGGAGUUCAUCAGGGGUACUGCUGUCGCCCGGCCGCCAGACGAUGGGGACCAGAGACAAGCUUACGAGUUUGACCGCCCCCAUCACAACUAUCACACACAUGGUCGCCCCACACAAGGUCGCCCUGUAUAUGACGCUCCCCACGAUGGCCUCUAUAGACGUGGUCGCCCCGUACAUGACGCCCCGCCGCAUGGCCGCCCCACAUAUGACGCGCCUCGACAUGGCCGCCACACACAGCACCCGCUUCCCCCCCCGCCGACAGCCCCCGCCUCGCAUCCUCCCUUCCGCCCUCACGUAUGGAGGCCGCCUCAUGCCGCCAACAAGUGGGAGCAACCCAGAUAUGUUCCGCCCCGCCCGCAACAGCCCCACCUGAACCCACCAAAGUAUAUCCCCAAAUGGGCCAACCACUAUAGCGUUGACGGACAGGACGGAGGGGCGGGGCCAAGUUGGCCACACACCAGAUAUAACAACUUUUAGUCUUUAUUAAUGUUGUUUUUGUAAUCUCAAGUGUCCUAAUGAAUUGGCCAGGCCUAUUUUUGGCUAGAAUAAGUCUUAACGAGCUUCUAUGCUGGCAUCAUUGUCCCAUUGGGUUGAGUUUUUCCUUGCCCUGAUGUGGGAUCUAAGCCGAGGAUGUCGUCGUGGCUUGUGCAGCCCUUUGAGACACUCGUGAUUUAGGGCUAUAUAAGUAAAUAUUGGUUGAUUGAUCAGUGGGAAAGUCAGGCUUUCACGGACUCACUUUGUUUUACUCAUACUUGCCAACCCUCCCGAAUUUUCCGGGAGACUCCCGAAAUUCAGCGCCUCUCCCGAAAACCUCCCGGGACAAAUAUUCUCCCGAAAAUCUCCCGAUUUUCAGCCGGAGCUGGAGGCCACGCCCCCUCCAGCUCCAUGCGGACCUGAGUGAGGACAGCCUUUAGGGUGACAAGAACUAAAUCAUCCAGACUAGAGAUAAAUUGUAUUAUUAUGUUUAUCUUACCUAAAAAUAAACAUAUUUAUUCAUUAAAAAUAAAAUAAAAACUAAAUACAUUUUUACUAUAUUUUGCUAAAAACAUCAAAAUUAAUUGUAUUUUUAUUUGUAUUUUUUUCUGACUCCUUAUUACAUCCAGGCAUUAGAAUUAUACAUUAAAAUAAACAUAUUUGAAAUAAUUAAUUUUAAAUUAUCAUAAUAAUUCAUUUAAAAUGACCAUAUUUAAUUAUUAAAAUAAUUGCUUGUUUAUCAACAACUUUAGCAUUUUAUUCAUUAAAUUUUGAAGCUCUCAGAAGCCAAGUUAUGUUAUAUUCCUUAAAUAUUUAUGUAUGCAAGUUUGAAGUAUCAAUGAUCUAAACACAGUUUUGUUUGCAUAUUUUCAGGAUAUAUAUAUAUAUAUAUAUAUAUAUAUGUAUGAAAUACUUGACUUGGUGAAUUCUAGCUGUCAAUAUACUCCUCCCCUCUUAACCACGCCCCCAACCCCGCCCUGCCCCACCCCUGACCACGCCCCCACCCCCCCCACCUCCCGAAAUCGGAGGUCUCAAGGUUGGCAAGUAUGGUUUUACUACAUGUGACAAUUGUUUCAGGAUGAAGAUCAAUCAAUCAAUGAAUCAAUGUUUACUUAUAUAGCCCUAAAUCACGAGUGUCUCAAAGGGCUGCACAAGCCACGACGACAUCCUCGGCUCAGAUCCCACAUCAGAUGACAUCCUCACAUUGGCUCUCGACUUUUGCUUUGGACGGAAGUUCAGCAAGUGAAAAUAUUUUGUAUGAUGUUGCUAUUCAGCCACUAAAGGCCUUUGUUUACUUUGUAUGCUAACAUUAUAUUUUUUCCUCCAUAUACCUUUAUUUAUAAAGUUCAACAUUUACAAACAUUAACAUAUGAACAAGGACAAUUAAAACAUGUACACAAACAGUACAAUACAGCGCCAGCGGGUUGUUAAUUCAUUAAAGUAAUUAUAGUAGAAUGUGAAGUGAAGUGAAUUAUAUUUAUAUAGCGCUUUUUCUCUAGUGACUCAAAGCACUUUACAUUGUGAAACCCAAUAUCUAAGUUACAUUUAAACCAGUGUGGGUGGCACUGGGAGCAGGUGGGUAAAGUGUCUUGCCCAAAGACACAACGGCAGUAACUAUGAUGGCGGAAAUUGGGAUCGAAC